AUGGAGAUUUUUGGCAAGCUUGAGAUCAACCUGCCAUUUCUACAAGCAUUGAAACUACCCCUGUUCAACAGGUUUAUCAAGGACUUCAUAGCUGGAAAAGCUAAGGCCGAUGGAAAGAUUGUGAUUGGGGAAAGUGUGUCUACUGUAAUUCAGAAGAGAAGGCUUCCUUCUAAAAUGGCUGAUCCUGGGAUGUUUACUCUACACAACAUUAUUUGGGAUGUUAAAAUCGAGCAUGCUAUGUGUGAUCUGGGAGCGUCUAUUAAUGUGCUGCCUUUCUCGGUUUACAAGAGAUUGACUGUAGUCAGCCUAUUAGAUACAAAGGUGGUUAUCCAGCUUGUGGAUAGAUCAUGCAUUAGCCAUGAAGGCGUACUGGAAAAUGUGAAUGUGAGGGUGCAUGACUUCCUAUACCCUGCAGAUUUUCACGUGAUCCGUAUAAAUGAGUCUGAAGCUGGUGAAUCUAGUAGAGAGCAGCUUGCAGCUGCUGAAUUGAACGACUCGAUUGAAGAAGAGGUCUCCGGAUGGUGUGCGAUACUUUUGACGCAGAAUAUGACCGAUGAAGAGAUCAAUAAUGCAAUCAUGGGAUUCUGCCAGAAACCGACCUCAACUGGGUCCACUGGCUUUGCUCAACUGAACAGUUUGGAAAAGGUGCCCGAUUUUGGGGAGCUUGCGGCGAAGAAUGUCAAGAAAAACCCAUUGCCCUAA